AACCCUCGUCUUCCCUCACUAGGCUCUCAAACAAACCUCACGCUCCAGAAUCCCUCUCAUUGUCAGCAGCACCCGCCCCGUCGACUCGCCCUCCCGAGCAGCGGAGCACCGCUGUGGCGGAGUCCUUGACGGGGACGUGCACCCGGGUAAUAACGACAAAAAAACUGCUGUUUACAUGAAUACAAGCUGAUUCUCUCCGGUUUGCUGCAACCAGGCUGGCUGCAGCUGAGCUAUUCAUGCUGUGUUGACAGGGAGGAAGACAGAUACAGCUGAAGAAGGAGAAAGAAGGAAAGAGGACUGCUGACUUCAUGUCUUCGCCUUCAAAUAACAGAUCUGGCUCUGGAUCACGCAAAUUCAACCUGCUGAAGGCCCUACAGCCUAAGCACCGCUUGCAACAAAUGCUGUCAUCUCCCACUGCGUCCCCUGUUUUUGACUAUUGCAGGUUCAUAGAGCUAGACUACACACCCAUGGAGUCAGGCAUUAUGGUCUCUAUGAGACAGAGCAGAGGAUUUCUGACACCAACAUCCCCGGAACGCCACUGUCGGCGGAGUCCAGCACCUGCCAGUAACCGUGAUCCCUAUGGAAAUGCCUCUCUCAGCAGCAGUAGCAAUUCAGGGUCAUGCAAGGGCAGCGAUGGAAGCCCGACCCAUAGGCAUCACAUAAAAUACACCUCCUGUAAUGAUAACCAUGGUAUCCGGCCCCCUCCACCUGAGCAAUACCUUACCCCACUGCAACAGAAAGAGGUGUGUAUCAGACACCUCAGAGCACGGCUCAAAGAAACCAUCGAAAGACUACAGGACAGGGACACUGAGGUUGAUGAGUUGCGUACUCAGCUGUCUCGUAUGCAAGAAGACUGGAUUGAAGAAGAAUGCCACCGAGUGGAGGCCCAGCUGGCUCUAAAGGAGGCUCGCAGGGAGAUCCAGCAGCUUAAGCAAGUCGUCGAUGUUGUCAGAUCCAGUCUGGGAGACACCGACACCGGAGUGCAAAAAUGCUUCCAAGACAUAAAUCUCCAGAACCACAAACUGGAGUCUUUAUUGCAGAGCAUGGAGCUGGCACAGAUCGGGCCCACCAAAACAGAAGAAACCCUGGCAGGUGGAGGGGUGGUGGGGUCAGGGCUGGAGGUCAGCGUGGGCCUGGUGGGGUCUUCCGAAGGCUCCCCAGCUCGCUCACUUACCCAUAGCUCUACCUACACCAAGCUAAGUGACCAGCCUGGCCAGGAAUGUGAUGGUAAUGAAAAUGGAUGUGAUAUUCCAUGUUUGUCAGGCGACGGCACCCAGGACAGCGGGUUUGUUUGCUGUGGAGACAGUGGAAGAGGAGCAAGCAAGGCAGAUCUGCUUCUGGAGGCUGAGUUUCUAUCCCAAGAGACAGCCUCAUUGCUCAAUGCGUAUUCCCGCCUGCCUCACUCUUCCACCUACGAUGCACUGUGCAACAGUGAGCCUAGAGUUGUGCCUCUCCGCUGCAGUGGAAUCGGGACGGGGACCAAUGUUAGUGUAAGUCAUCCAUGUCUGUCACAUCAUCACCUAUAUCUGCAUCACCUGCGUGAGCAAGGCAUUCAAACGGACUAUGAUCAUGCCCCUGCUUCAGCCCCUGCCCAUGGUCCCAGUACAUCCUUUAACGCUGAUCUAGACAUUAUUGCUGAGCGCACCUUCCGCUCUCAGGCCUGCAGUCCAACCUCCACCUGGAUGUCUGACGAGGGAGAUGAUCUGGAGUCAGUAGCCACAGAAUCAGCCAUUACAGCAACAGUUGCCACAACUUCUGUCAUCACAGACUUUUCCACUAAGUCUGCACCAGCUGUUGCAAUAGAGCCUUGGGAACCAGCUGUAUCUGUUCCAAAAGGACCUAUGACUUUAGCUUUGAUCCCCAUAGAGUCUUCUGUCAAGGAGACAACUGCUUCAGAGCCCCUUACAGUCUUACCAAUCACCACAACAGCUUUGACCACAGAGACCACUGGAUCCCAAGAGCCCAACUCUGUUCAACCUCGGCCUGUAACAGACCCUUUGCCAAACCCUGGCACCUCCCCUUGCUCCGUGCAGCCAUUGGUUGAGACAGAAUUGGAUCCCCUUCCACAGACCACUCAACCUCAUAGUGUACUAACAGAGGCUGGGGUUGAAGGGGAUCAUGUCAUAAAUAUAGUUGCAGACGAUGAAGAUGAGGAUGACGAGAGUGCUACGAACACAGACUCCAGGUCAUCUGGCUGUGGUUUACCAGCAAAGAACUACUGGAGCCGGCACUUCCUAGUGGAUCUGCUUGCGGUGAUCGUGCCAGUGGUCCCCACAGUGGCGUGGUUCUGUCGGGGUCCACACCGUGUUGGUCAGCCAAUAUACCAUAUUGGAUCUCUAUUGCGGGGUUGUUGCACUGUGGCUCUUCAUUCUCUGCGUAGAGGAGGAGGCCUCCGACACUACCCCACGGGAGGAGUUGGUUCAGGGGGGAUGAGUAUAUGAGACCAGCUCUUCUCUAAGGGGAUGCGCUGAAGCCAGUGAUAUCACUGUUCUUCUGUCAGAUGUGCAAUUAGGGAGUGGUUAACACAGGUAAAAUGAAUUGAGGCAACCAGUGGAAGGAUAGUACCUGAGCACAGCACCUUAAAUGCUGUGGUUAUCUAUGGUCUAUAUCCAAGACAAGAUAAGAAAAAGGAAGGGGAAUCACUAUUAUGUAUUUUCACCAGAUGCUCAUGAAGUUCAGGACUUCAAGCGAGCUUUCACCUUUUUCCACAACUACUUCCCUAAGAAAAGAGGAAGGAUAAAGUGUUCUGAAUGAUGGACUGACACAAUGACUUUUAACUUUGUGAGUGACACUAAAAGAUCCCCUUUAAUAUGAUUGUAUUACCCUUAUUUAGAGUGAAGAGUCACAGUCAUUGAUGGGAAGAAAUUGUACUUUUGUUUGUCCCUCCUACUGUCACUGCAGAGGGUGUGUGUUGUAUGUGUACGUAUUUCUUUAUCUGAGCGAGUGUUGUGUUGUGUUAACGUACAGUGCAGCCAAAGUACCUGGAUUACUAAUGGCCAUCAUUGUUAUAGCCGUGAGUGCAGUAGUUAGCUGUCUCAUUACUUGUGCCUGUGUGGAUAAGAGCAGUCAUAUUUUCCCCUUAAGGAGCCAAGCAAGCACCUGCUAAGCUAUUUAUAUGCUUUGCAUAUACCACUAGUGUCCUAAAUAAAUGCGGUCACAAAAUGAUACUUAGUCCAUCUGGAGCCUUUGAGACAAUGCAUUCUUUAUUUUAUGCUCAAUUAAGUGGGGAAGUUUGAUGGUUAGGAAAUGUUCUGUAUAGCUGAAUGCUAAAUUGUGCAUUUAAGAAAAGGGUAAUGUUUUUUAAUAAUAAUAUUAAUAGUAAGAGGGAUUCAGCGUUUAGACAAUGAUCAGGGUUGAUGACUUUAAUAGGGUGAUGGGAGCUUUUUCACCAGAUGAAUUGUAUGAUUGUUUCACUGUGUGACCAUCAAAAAAGUGUCAUAGCCAAAUCUAUCAUAGCAAAAAUCUUUAGCAAUAGUUCUAAUUUUGAUGUCCACUGUAAAGCCCCGUUCACACCAAUAACGAUCACUAUAAAGAUAAGAUAACUAUAAAGAUAACGAUAUUAGCGUCCACACCAGUGAACGAUAUCGUCUGUUUAUUCUGAGCGCACGUGCGUCUGCCGCUUUAAAUCCUCGAGCUUGUUAUAGCAGGGUGGAUUCUGAUUGGAUGUGAAUGUUUGUAUCGUUCAUCAGCUGGAAAAAAAAUCGUUCUGAAAAUGAUUCCAACGAUACCGUUUCUCUGUGCCUUUAUUGUUAUAGUUGUAGUGUGGACUCUGCUAUUAUUUAAUACUGAAAACGAUUUUUAGAACUAUAUCUUUAUCGUUAUCUUUAUAGUUAUCGUGCUUGGUGUGAACGGGCCUUAAGACUAUUAUAUCAUUAAUUACAACCGGUUGUGCUUGGCCUACAUCUGAACUUAAUUUAGCAUUAAACCCUGCUAAACAAGUUGUUUCUAAGUUGUUGCUAAUAUUAUUAGCACAAAUACUAAUAUGUUAUUAAAGUUACUAAUUUGUUGUUUCUGAAAUACUAUGUAAUAUAAUUCCACUAAAAAGAUCAAAUAAAAGCAACAAUAAAAUUGGAGUUACUUGGAUACCUGAUUACUUGGUGGAUAUUACAAAUUGAUGAAAUUAAAACAGUGAAAGUAAUUUACACAUUUACUGCAUGCAGAAACAAAUUUUGAAUAUUGAAUAUUGAAACAUUCUCUGCUUUCGGCUUUUUCUAAACAUUUGGCCAUGACUUCAAGUCCCUCAUGAUAUUCAUAAUGACCAUUUAUUUUACUGACACAUAGGUGAUGGGUGACAUUUAAUGACAUCAAUUGCACUGUAACUCACUUUAUAAGCAAUUACUUAAAGUAUACUUGAUUGUGAGUUUCUGUCUUUCUAAAGGCCAAUGCAUACAUAUGUAUUUGUGGGUCAGGGUUAGAUUUCACCAACACCACCAUUUCCAAAAUAUCAUAAUUGGUUCAUUAAUUCACAUGAAUAUUUAUACUUUGUGUAUUUUGUUUCUGACAGCUGGAUUGAUUUGCCAGUCAACAAUGUACCAGAUAAUGAUCACUAAUUGUAGUUAUGUCUCUCUAAAUCAUGAAUAGCCACUGCCUUUCUGUCUACCUCCACCCUCUGAUAUUGUGUUCAAUAUAUUUAUUGUGAUAUAGGCCUUAUUUGUUGUCUAUUUGCUAAGUUCUCAUUUAAAUUAUUUACUGCUUUCUGAUGUGUCGUCUGUAAGGUUUUUCAGCGCUUGAUAUUUAUUCUUUUGAACCGCUUGACAAUCUUAAUUUGUGCUUUACGUGCUGGCAACUAUAAGUCAUUCAUUUAAAGUCUAGUCAAUGCACUUUUUCACCUCAUUCCAACUAAGCACUUACUGAAGAACCUUAGAGCAGAUUUAAAUAAAUGAAGGCAUAUAUGUUCCUGACUUUUAUGUUUUUGUUGUUUUCUUGUUUGUGUUGUCUUUAUUGACUUGUGUUUGUUGAAACUAUGAAUGUGUGGCUUUCAGAUAGUUCUGUCUUUUGACUCAUGUAUCUGAGCUAAAAUGAGAUUGUAAUAAAUCGUUACCCCAAGGUAUAGGUUUCCUUCAAACCUCUAUUGUCUGUCAAUGAAAUGUAGAUAAAUAACUAUUGCAUUAGUUAUUUGGCCAUGUAAAGGUUUUACAUUAAUAUAAAGCUUUGUAUACCUGGUGAAAUGACACACAAGGUCUUGACAAGAUUUUCUUGAAUCUUUUGAAGCCAUAUUACAAGUAGAGGUGUAUGUUGGCACUAUAUACAGGUAAAUUUGAGUAUAUCAUAUAUUGUCUUAUCGCCUUUUUUCCAUUUGUAUUAGUGUGUGCAAUUUAAUGUGAUAAUUCAUGUUGCAGUAACAGUUCAUUUUUCUUUCCGCAUUUGAAUGGUAAUUAAUAAUCACAGAUUAUUAUUUCCUUAAGUUAACAUGCUCUCCAUGAAAGAAAAAAAACUGUGUCUUACCAUUGUAACAAAGUGACAUUUUUUCCUUAUUUUUGGGGAGGAUCAAGAAUAAACAUUUCCAAGUUUGAUGUCAAUGUCAUCUGGCACAGUUUUAGUUUAGAAUGUCCUUUUGUAACCACAAAAUAUAUUGGAACAGAUGCAUCUCUUGUUGAAUCAUGGCAAUAAAUAAUUUGCUUCUUUACUAAUAUAUAUAUAUAUAUAUAUAUAUCACCUUCCAAUAUGAUUUGAAGACAAUAGUACCCAAUUUAUUCUUUAAAUUGUUUGGUUCAGAGUGAACACUGAAACUAAAUGAUUGUUUUAGUCUCUGUUAAACAGGAUUACACGACUGUACCUAGAAGACUAGAUUUCACAGAGGUACCUCUGUUAUAGUUUUUUUUUUUUUUUUUGUGAUCAUCAUUCUGAUUCAUUUUCACCUUCUCGCACUUCAGUUUGUCUCUAUAUUGUCUACCAGCAUUAGUAAUGUAAGUGGAACCGGUCUUGUAAGUCUGCUAAUGUUUCAUAGUGUCUCAAUAUUUUUGUGAAGAAUCAUAUUUUAAUGGUGAUAUAAGAGUGUACACAACAUAUCGCUCUUGACCCUCAUUGUUUAUUAAAAAGAAUCUAUAUUAAAAAGCAUGGUGAACAAUG